CACAGAUCCUGACAGGGAAGAAGUAGGCAGGUCCUGGCAGGGGGGAGCUGUGGCGGCGGUAUCUCGCCAGCUCCAGCCGGAUGGAGUCUCGAGUCGCGGACGCAGGGGCCGGCCAGGCUGAGCGCGCAGCGGGCGAGGGCCGGACAAGCAGCAGCGCCGCUCAGGGACCCGCAAUCUCGGCGCCCUUGGGUGCUGCCCGGUGGAAGCUCCUGCGGCAGGUUCUGAAACAAAAACACCUGGAUGAUUGUCUACGACAUGUAUCUGUAAGAAGAUUUGAAUCAUUUAAUCUGUUCUCAGUAACAGAAGCCCAAAAAAGGGAAACUGAAGAGGAAGUUGGUGCCUGGGUUCAAUAUACAAGCAUCUUGUAUCCUGAAUACAGUAUUUUCUUAAGGCAUAAUAGUGGAUCUUUGAAUGUUGAAGAUGUUCUUACCAGCUUUGACAAUACAGGAAAUAUUUGCAUCUGGCCGGCUGAAGAGGUUUUGGCUUACUACUGCCUCAAGCACAGUGAUGUAUUCAGGGACCUUGCUGUGUGUGAGCUAGGGGGUGGCAUGACAUGCUUGGCUGGGCUCAUGGUUGCUAUUUCUGCAGAUGUCAAAGAAGUUCUGUUAACUGAUGGGAAUGAAAAGGCCAUCAGAAACGUGAGAGACAUCAUCACAAGGAAUCAGACGGCUGGUGUGUUUAAGACUGGGAACGUAUCAAGCUGCGUUUUACGAUGGGAUAAUGAGACAGAUGUCUCUCAACUGGAAGGACAUUUUGACAUUGUUAUGUGUGCUGACUGCCUGUUUCUGGACCAGUACAGAGCCAGCCUUGUUGAUGCAAUAAAGAGAUUACUCCAGCCCAGGGGGAAAGCAAUGGUAUUCGCCCCACGCCGAGGGAAUACUUUAAACCAGUUUUGCAAUCUAGCUGAAAAAGCUGGGUUCUCUAUCCAAAGACAUGAAAAUUAUGAUGAACACAUUUCAAACUUCCACUCCAAGUUGAAAAAGGAAAACCAGGAUAUAUAUGAAGAAAACCUUCAUUACCCACUUCUGCUUAUUUUAACCAAAGAUGAAUAGAAGAUUAAGCUGCUCGAAAGACAAAGAAAACAUCCAGUGCACAGGCAGGAUUUUCACAAAAACAGAAAUCUGUAACGGGUAUAAUAUGAAGUAAGCCGUUGGCUCCCUGAGAUUUUCAAGCCCCCAGGACAUGGGCCCCAACUGCCUUUGCAACAUUCCAUGUGUGGGUUCCGGGGUCCACCUGUCCUCACCCACGUUGACUCCCCAGCCGUCCUGCUUGUUGCUCUUCCUGCACCAAACUUUUUUUUUCUUUUUUUUUUCUUUUUUUUUUUUGGUGGUACACGGGCCUCUCACUGUUGUGGCCUCUCCCGUUGUGGAGCACAGGCUCCGGACGCGCAGGCUCAGCGGCCAUGGCUCACGGGCCCAGCCGCUCCACGGCACGUGGGAUCUUCCCGGACCGGGGCACGAACCCGUGUCCCCUACGUUGGCAGGCGGACUCUCAACCACUGCGCCACCAGGGAAGCCCUGCACCAAACUUUUGUCUUUAACUAGGUAUAAGCGGCCUAUGUGAGAUUUGAAUUGGGCUUGAGAGCCACCCAAGUAUUUUUCCCUCUCAUUGAGACAGAAUUUCUUUUGGUGAUUCCCACCCCACCCCCCACCCCCCCUUUAGAAAAUAUCUUGGUCUUUGUUCUAUUUUAGUGGGGGUCAUUUUUCAUCUGCCAACCCAGCAAACAUGAUGAUUCUUUCCUGGUUAAAAAAAAGAAAGAAAGAAAGCAAAUCUUUCAGAUCACCCUCAAAUUAAUUGUAUUAAAUCUGCCAUCUCUGUUUUGCUGUCUCUCUCUCUCACCCAUUCUCCUUUUUUCUUUUAAACGGGAUGUUUUUUUUCCCUAUAGAUGUAUAAGAAAUGACUACAUCAGCCCAAAGCCUCAUAAACUGACCGUUUGUCCUCUGGACACAAUAGCAUGGCCAGCCCUCUGCUCCUCCUCUCCAAUUAUGUGUGAUUAGUCUCAGUGCGUUGUGUCAAGGAGGAGGAGUGUGCUGAGUGCUUAUUAUCUGUUUAGGUACAAGAAGAGCACAUUUAGGCUCUGACUAUGGAUGAAAAGUGAGCCUUUAUCAGGGCUCAAAUCUACUGCUGUUCUCCAGGCCUCUUUCAAAAGAGGUCCUUUCCAGGGAAAUUUUGAAUAAAUGGUUGAUAAAACGAGAUGGCAACCAGGGCGAGUUUUUAAAAACUCAAUCACACAAUUAUCUGAUUGAAAGUAAGUAUAUAUAGUCCUGUGCAGCAAUGCAAGUGUAUGGUAGACAUUUAUAUGUGCUACCUAGGAUUAAGAGAGAAUGACUUUUCUGCAGGGAACCCAAGCCUCUCCUUGCCUGGUUCAUCCCGGAGAUGCUCUAAUGCCUUUUGUGGAAAUUCAGAUGUUUAUCUGUAAGGAAUCAUCUGUGUCCACUUUCACAGUAAUGUCAUUAGUAGGUUAGCUAUAUAUCCUCCUAUCUUUAGUAGAGGCAAAACGUGUAUUUAGCGUGAUACAAUUAAAGUGAUAGGUGGGAGACUGGGGGCGAAUCCUUUUGCAUGUUAAGCAAACUUAGCUGUCAUAAAAACAGCGACUCUCAGAUGUCUUCUCUGCUCACUUCUAUCAUCAAACAAAUUUUUCACCAUCAGUUUGCAUGUUCUUGUAUUCACCACUUUUUCUGCUCCAUUAGAGCACCUAGAUGGAUCUCUGAAGGCAUAGGUCAAGUCGCAGUUAGAUCAUACAUUUCUUUCUCACAAAAACUUGAAUUGCAAUGCCAAGUGAUGGGCUAACAUCACAAUAACAGCAAUUUAUUCCUCUUUGGAUAAAACAGCAGUCUAUUCUCAGUGCUAGAUAAAGACCAGGGCAAUGCAAACCAGCCAUUUAGCUGAGUAGUUCAGCUAGUGGCAGCUCUCCUUUGGCGACUGUAUAGGUUGCACACUGGCUUCCUAUUUUCUUGUUUAAAAAAUCAGAAUUCGGAAUGUUUUAAAAGGCAAUACAGGUAGUUCCAUUUAUACUGGUGAAAAUGCAGAGAAAUGAUUUCUUCCUGCAACUAAAUCUGCCAGACAAAGAAAACCCAUCCCUGCAGUAGCAUCUAAGAUCGCCUGUUCUUAUUUUUUCUUGUAAAAUAUAGAGCAUCAGAACCAUGAGAAUAGUUCCAUUUUUUUCUCAUGAAAAUACAUGAAUUGGCGAGAAUUCAGUUUACAUUUGUGUGUUGUGGGUGUAGAAAUCCAGUGUCCUGGAGAUGUCACUAGUCCAGGCUCUUUGGAAGUUUGUAAGAAACUAAUGUUGUAUAUUAUUGAAUAGUUUAAAAGUGUUUUUAUUUUCUCAAAUUUUGGCGAAGUGCCGAUAUUGAGAGGGGAAAAAAUUAUAGCUGCUUUAGAAAGUUUAUCCACUUACAUUUCUUUUGAACUUUAUGGUUAAGAAUUGUUUCUCUGCAUCGGUAUUGGGUUGCAUAAUUGCAAUUGAAAUGCCCCAUUUCAUAAUUGUCUGUGUAAUUGUGCCUGUGUUUGUUUCAAAACAAAGCCUGUCUGAAAUCAUAAGAAUUAUUACUGUAUUCCUGUUUCCUGUGUACCUGUAUCUUCUGAGAAAACUCACAAAUCUCUUUUGUCAUACUAAAUAGAUUUGGUUGGGUGUGAGAAUGUUUCUAAUAUCGCCCAUGGUCAGUUCUAAUGCGGUGAUAUGAACAGCCACAUACAAGUUGGUUAUAAGAAAUAUAUUUUAUUUUAUAGCAAGACAUAUGCUGUGAAUUGGGAUAAAAGUGCUAGAAAAGACUACCUAAGAGG